UUUUGGCAUUUAAUGCAAGGCAAUGUCGCAUUAUUCCCGCCCUUGAUGAUGAUGAUGAUGAUUAUAACGACGAUGACAAUAAUUGUGGGUGUCACAGAUGCGUUGACAUUUAGUUCAAGUCAGGACAACACCAUUGUUAUAUUGCCCAUCGAUGUAUUGGAUGCUACAUGUCCGAUGGGUUAUUUCCAAUGCAACACAACGACACAAUGCGUUCAACAACGUCUCAAUUGUGACGGCCAAGCUGAUUGUGAUGAUGCUUCCGAUGAGUGGAAUUGUGUUAACGACAUCGAUGCCAAAUUUUGGGAUCAUUUAUUUCGUAAACAACCAUACGGACGCCACGAUGAUAUACCCAUCGGUACAUGCUUGUGGCCCAACUCGCAGAAUUUAAGUUGCCCUUGUCGUGGCUCAGAGUUAUUGUGUCGUUUUCAACAAUUGUCUGCUAUUCCUAUAAAUCUACCCGCUCGUGAUAUUACUAUGCUAGAUUUGACUGGUAACAAUUUUACAUCACUGUCAGCAUCAUUUUUGGAUAACUUACCCAUAACUGAGACAUUAGUAUUAAAAUUUUGUGGCAUUGCUCAGCUGACAGAAAAUGCGUUUAAACGUUUAUCUACGAUACCAGUUAAGACACUAUAUCUGGACGAGAACAAAAUUGAAAGUUUGCCACCGAAUUUAUUCGCGCCGGGAAAUUAUUUAAAAAUUUUAUUCUUAGCUGGCAAUUUGUUGACGGAGUUAAAAGCACGAGUUUUCUGUAGACUACAUAUGCUGCAAGGAUUGCAUUUGAAUGACAACCGACUGCGUAUAUUUGAUGUACAUGCCUUUGAUUGUUUGGAAAACCUCACCUCAUUGCUGUUGACCGAUAACGAGUUUCGUUCGCUGGAUGGCAGAGUUUUACAAAAUUUAACGAACCUAAAUUAUAUUUAUUUCUCGUGGUUUCACUUGUGUCGGGCGGCAUUGCAUGUACGAGUAUGUGAACCGCACGGUGAUGGUAUAAGCAGCACCUAUCAUUUAUUGGAUAAUCCCAUAUUGAGGGGCAGCGUAUGGGUGAUGGCGUCCGUCGCCAUUGUCGGUAAUCUGUUGGUAUUGCUGGGUCGUUAUUUAUAUAAGACACGAAGCAACGUCGAGCAUUCUCUGUAUCUGCGACACUUGGCUGCGAGUGAUUUUCUUAUGGGCAUUUAUUUGGCCAUAAUCGCUUGUGCCGAUAUCAAUUUCCGUGGCGAAUAUAUUGUGUAUGAAGAGUCCUGGCGUCACAGCGCAUUGUGUGCAUUUUCGGGAUUCUUGAGUACAUUCAGUUGCCAAUCGUCGACGUUGCUGUUGACACUGGUCACCUACGAUCGGUUAAUGUCAGUAAUGAAUCCACUACAAACUAGAGAUAGUGGCCAUAAAAGAAUGGUUGUGCGUUUACUCUUGCUAUGGAGCAUAUCAUUUGUAUUGGCAGCAGCUCCAUUGUUUCCUUUCGAUUAUUUUGGACGACAUUUUUAUGGCACCAACGGUGUAUGCUUGUCAUUGCAUAUCCAUGAUCCUUAUGCCAAGGGUUGGGAAUAUUCCGCAGUUUUGUUUAUCUGCAUCAAUACCUUUUCGUUGGUUUUUAUUUUAAUUUCUUAUGUGCGUAUGUUGCAAGCCAUACGAGAUUCUGGCAGCGGAAUGCGUAGCACUAUAAGUGGACGAGAAAGUGUCGUAGCUACCAGAUUUGCGAUUAUCAUAACCACCGACUGUGCUUGUUGGCUGCCCAUAAUUGUGGUGAAAUUGGCCGCAUUAUCAGGCUGUUCCAUAUCUCCGGCUCUAUAUGCUUGGCUGGCGGUAUUAGUUUUACCUGUGAACUCGGCUUUAAAUCCUAUACUUUAUACUCUGACUACAGCCGUUUUUAAACAACAGUUAAGACGUUAUUUACUAGCCGUACCGACGUGCUCCUUCAUAAUGGGUGAACAUCUUAAUCAUACACAAUUAGCUUGUGAAUCGGCCAUGAGCACUAGUUUGGGUCACUUCAGCAGCAAUAAGUCGAAUUCAGAGCGUAAACGAUACUCCCAGCGACGCUUAAGUUAUGUAUGAGAACGCGAGAAACCCUCAGGCGAAUGGAGGGAAACAGUUCUUUGAAGAGAAGACACGC